AUGGCAGAUAAUCAGAAUGGGAUACAUGCAGGAGGCGACAACACUGAUGCUGGAACGUAUUCAUCCAAUCAGCAAAUUCAUUUGAAAGGUGGCACAACAAAGGAAAUCGAAUCAAAGUUUAAUCAUCUCUUCAGAUACAGAACCGAUUACCCAGAGAUGGGGGUGUGUGUAAUUGUCAAUAACAAGAAUUUCCACCCAUCCACAAGAAUGGGAAUGCGGAAUGGAACUGAUUUAGAUGCCCAAAAAUUACAGGGUACAUUUAAAAGUUUAGGUUACAAAGUCCUGGUUUACAACGAUCUGAAGUGCUCUGACAUCUAUGAACUUUUGAAAAAAGCGGCUGAGGAUGACCACAGCAAAAGAAGUUCAUUUGUUUGUGCACUCUUGAGUCAUGGUGAGGACAGCUUGUUAUACGGAGUAGAUGACGCCAUGCCUGUUAAACGGCUCACAUCCCUUUUCCGAGGUGACCGUUGCAAAACCUUGGUGGGCAAACCCAAAUUAUUCUUUAUUCAGGCUUGCAGGGGAACAGAACUUGACUCAGGAGUGGAGACAGACAGUGGAGGUGGAUCACAAGAAGAAACGCAUAGGAUCCCAGUUGAAGCAGAUUUCCUAUAUGCCUAUUCUACAGUCCCUGGGUACUAUUCUUGGAGAAACACAGUAAAUGGCUCCUGGUUUAUCCAGUCUCUUUGUGAAAUGCUGAAAUUGCACCACCGCCAGCUUGAACUUAUCCAGAUUCUCACAUGCGUGAAUCACAUGGUGGCCUUGGAAUUUGAAUCCUGUUCAACUCAAAUGGACUUUCAUGCAAAGAAGCAGAUCCCGUGUGUUGUGUCCAUGCUUACAAAAGCAUUCUACUUUCCAUAA